AUGGAUGACGUAUGUGACGCCGAUGCUAUCGAAUGUCAAAAGCCACAAAUUUCUAAACCAGGGGAGAUAAUUUAUGGACAAUGUUAUCGCCAGGCUGCCAUACGUAGAUUACCAAAAGCACUGGUUGGAAAAUGUUCUGGUCAUGUUUGUUCAGAGGGAUACAAAUGUGUUUUAAAUGGAGAUGAACUGGCAUGUGAAAUAGCGUAUUGUAUCGGAAAACCAAGACUUGUAGAAAAUGCUGUGCUGGAUGAACCAUUUGGACUUUCUAGAGACCUUGGACACGGCAUGAUGUAUAAGUGUGCUGACGGAAUACAAAUAUCUGGGAAACCAUUUGCUGUCUGUCGAAAUACAGGAAUAUGGACAUCUCUGUUUGUUUGUGGAGAAGGGCCUCUUGUGUCUAAAUUCAAGGCAACUGGACAGAGUACUACCUUACAAGAUUAUCCACCAGGACAUGGGGUUGACGGAAUUAAAGAACCUAGCAAUAUGUUCCAUACUCUACUUGAAUUCGAACCGUACUGGUGGGUCGAUCUCGGCCGUGUAUACAAGAUACAGAAAGUGAUCAGUACAAAUAGGAUAGGUUGUGAUGUAUGUGGUGUUAGACUCAGAAAAAUGCUGAUUCAUGUCGGUGACAGCUUAGAUACAUCUAACAUGGAGCUAUGUGGUCAGUUCAUUGGUCAAGCCGUAAAAGAACAGAUCAUCGUUACACAGUGUUCUUCACUUCCGGAAGGACAAAAAGUUAGAUUAACGAGUAUAAAUAACGCAUUGCAAUUUUUUCAUCUUGCCGAAGUUGAAGUGUACGGUUUUUAUGUGUGACUUUGUUUAAUGAUUAAUAUCUUAUUUUUUCAUAUCGUUUACAGCUGAUAAUCAUUAUACUGAAUUAAAACCAUAACAUUGCAGUGUUGGUUAAUGUAAAUACAAAAUCUUAAUAAAACUAUAUACUUGUUAUAACGUUGAAAUAACUGAAUGACAUGCAUCAUUGAGAUAAGUUAGGAUUAUGGCUUAUGGUAAAGGUUAGACGUCAUGGUUAAGGUUGAGUAUUGCUGUGAAUCUGUUGUUUCGUUGCGUUCUUCUUAUGGUUGAUUUGUUGCUUUAGUUUUAAAAGAACAAACAAAUAAUUAGUAGACAUCAAACAUCCUAUGAAUUUAAUUUAAAGACGUUAUAAACAGUCUGAGAAACAAAUGCAAAGAUACAGGUAUAGACAUAUUGUAGAGCCAUGAACGUGCAUAUGUAUAUAACGUGAUGUUUAGUUUGAUUUUUAUUUACAACUAAAACAUUCAAUAUUUAUACCAAUAACACAAUAUUCAAAGAUUCAAUUACAGUGAACUAAACUGUGAACUGUACAAUAAGCAUACAAAGCUUUUUUUUACAAAAAAAUAAAUCAAAUCAAAUACGAAACACAACAGA